AUGCAGAAUCCAGUCAUACAAGUACUACUACCUGUACCAGCACCCGAGGAGGUUCUACCACCUGGCCCUCCUGUGCCGGUGGAGAGCCGGCGACAUGCACCAGCUCCGGCAAGGCAAGUAUACUGCAAGGACGGCACCUGCAAGCCCAACGAGAGGAAGCAUAUGAUGGUUGUCAUCCUGCUGCUCCACUUGAACUGCUUCGCCCAGUAUGCGCUUUGCGGCCUCAACCCUGGUUACCGAAGGCCACAGCGUCCGGUGAUCGGAGUUGCUCUGACCAUGUCGGUUGCCAUCUGCGCGCCAGCCGUCGCUGGGCUGUACAACAACCUCAGCCCUCUCGGGAAAGACUACGAGGCACAACCAGAGGCAGACGACGAAGAGUCACAGCUCCAACGGAAAACGCCCGAGACCGAGAGGAGCGUGGACGACGAGGCCGUCAGGGACGCGCUGAGGCUGGCCGGCGUCUUCCUCUGCGUGCUCUACGGCGGCUUCUGGAGGAUCCAGAUGCGCAGGCGGUUCGGCCUCCCCGAGAACCACGCUUGCUGCGGCAAGCCGGACCUCACCGACUGCCUGCAGUGGCUCUGCUGCUACUCGUGCUCUCUGGCGCAGGAGGAAGAGCUGUCGACGAUGCAGGAGCCCCUCAGGUUUGCAGGUGUCUUCGCUUCGCCUCCUUUAACUCCAACAACUGCUACUGGUGCAAGAUCAGUAAACGACGGCGUCACUGUGCCCCCUUCAUCAGUGUCAGCUACACGUACAUAG